CCCAGACACUCUUGCAAAGAAUUCACUUUCCUCAACAAUUUGAGUAGCCAUGAAGAGUUUUUUGCUGAGCCUCGCGUGGCUCGGGGCAGUGCUGCUGCUCGCCCUGCAGCGGGGCUCCGGCGCCAAAGCCACCCCAACUAUGGUUGUCGGCUCCAAAUUGGGCAGCAAUCACCCUUCAUCAAUCCCUGGACGUCUGACCAGACUCGCCAGGCAUCAACCUUCAGCUCCAGGAGAACUUCUGAUGGGUGCCAGAAUACCUCGAAGACAAAGACCAGUCGAAAACUUGGUCUUUUUGGACCAGCUGGACGCGCUAGUGGAUGAAGAGAAGCGCGAGUUUGACGACUACGGCCACAUGCGUUUUGGAAAAAGAGCCCAACAGCAGGCGGCCGCCUUUGAUGACUACGGCCACAUGAGAUUUGGCCGGUCGGGCUCAGCGGCGGCCAUUGCUGAUCAGUCACCCUCGUUGCGACAGUUCCAACCCCCUAACGACGCCGUUGAAUAACAUCGGAGAAAGAUAUGCAGAUAGAGAGAAGAAGUGUUGAUUGGUGCCAAAGAAUGAGAUAAUUUAUUAUACUUGUAAGUCGCAGCUGUCUGUAAAAAGUAAAA